CCACCUACACGCCUUCGGGCAUCCAGCCUCACAGGCCCCACGGCUGUUUGCCUCCGCACCCAAACCAGCAUGUCCCGGCCCACCGGCGCCGCCUGGCGCGACGACGGGCCCUUCGACGACGCCGACACGCUCCUCGCCGCACGCCGCACGGGCGCAGACAGCGCACACCAGCCGCAACCUUCGACCUCGUCGUCAACGGCGCACUUUGCGCAGCCACUCUCGGCGGCGACGGCCUACUCCGAGCCGGCGUACGGCUACCCGCCGGGCGCGCACCCCGCGCCGCACCACGCCCAGGCGCCCGCCUACUCGGCGCGCCCGCACGACGGCGCCCAGUGGGCCUACGGCGGCCCCGGCCACGCCGGGCCGUCGCACUCGCGCGCCGCCAGCCCGAGCCCCAGCGGCGCCACGACGCCGGCGCGCGCCGAGCGCCGCACGCGCCCGCACAUGCCGCGCAAGGACUCCGAGGGCUGGGCACGCCUGCUGCGCGGCGCCGGCUACGAGGGCGCGCCGGGCGACGACGACGAGCGCGACGCCGACGACGAGGCCGAUGCGCACCACUCGAGCAGCCUGCGCCGCCUGCUGCGUGCCAUCCACGCGGGAAGCAUCGUGCUCAUGUGUCUGGGCGCCGCGCUGCUAUUCGUGCCGGCUUUGGUUGCGCUCUUUGCCUACGACGCGCGCCCCGCCAACGACUUUGCGCGCCCUGAAGUGUGGAAUGUCGGCAUUUUCUGGUGGUCCAUCUGGCUUUGCGGCGGCGUGUGGCUGAGUUGGUUCGCGGCGAGAAUUCUCUCCGCUUUUGUGCCAGCUAUCGCCGCGCGCACGCUCGGCGGCAUCGCGAGUCUCAAGGCCCCUAUUGCCUACCUCGGCGCCGUGCAGAGGUACGCGGCCAUCUUCCUCUGGACCGUGGCCGUGUGGGUCGUCUGGAUUUUUGCCAUCAGUCGCCACUACCGCGGCGCGAAUGACGCCGCAGCCGUCAGCCAGGCCUCGUCGACCGACCCGCUCUCGACGACAACGAACGGCACCUCGACGACGGCGACGAUCGCAGGCGUGAGCAGCACGGGCAACCUCAUUUUGACGGGCGGACGCCUGUGGUUUGGCUUUGUGCUGUGCGCUGCACUGCUGCUGGCCGAGAAGCUGGCGGUGCAGUGGGUCGCCUUCAGCUUCCACCGCGUCUCGUAUGAGUCGCGCAUCGCACAGUCCAAGCUGCACGUGCGCUUCCUGAUCGCGCUGUACAGCGCCUCGCGCUCGGACCUCGUCGGCAAGGGCGACAAGCUGGCGGCCGAGGCCGGCCAGGACGCUGCCGGCGGGCACACGCGCCGCGACUCCAAGGGCAACCUGCUCUCCGCGCCGCUCAAGCUGGCCAAGCGCACGGCCGCCGGCGUGAAGCGCGCCGGUCGCACAUCCACUUCGGUGCUUGGCAGCGCGGCUGCCGAGAUGACGACGCUCGGCGGCAGCACGGGCAGCCAAUCCUUCCUACCCAAGGCGAUCGUGCUCUCAGCCCUCGGCAGCGCGGCCGAGACCCGCAAGCUGUCGCGCCGCAUCUUCUACUCGUUCUCGAAGCGCGGCCCGGACGGCACGCGUGUCAUGCGUCUUGAUAACCUGCGCAUGGUCUUUCCGGAUUCGCGCACGGCUCGUGCAGCGAUGGAGAUGUUUGAUGAGGACGGAAACGGCUCGGUCGUCGAGGAGGAGUGCGAGAUGGCCUGCGCCAACGUGCGGCGCGAGCGCAACGGCUUGACCGCCAGCAUGUCGGACAUCGACUCGGCCGUGGCCAAGCUCGACUCCAUCUUCGUCUCGUGCUACCUCAUCGUCUGCCUCGUCAUCGUCUCAGCAUUACUCUCGACCAAAUUCGCGACCUUGGCGGCGAGCUUCGGCUCCAUUCUCCUCGGUCUCAGUUGGCUCAUCGGUGCCACAGCCAGCGAGGCGCUCUCGUCGAUCAUCUUCGUCUUUGGCAACCACGUCCUAGACGUCGGCGACCACUGCCAGAUCGAGGGCCUGCUUUCCAACGCUAGCGGAUCCGACGCCACAUUCAUCGUGCACGAGAUCCAGCUGCUGUCGACAGUCUUCAAGACGACGGCCGGCAAGUACGUGCAGUGCAGCAACGCCGUGCUGCGCCAAAAGGUCGUCGUCAACCUGCGGCGCUCCGGCCCAAUUGCUGAGGACUUCCAGAUCGAUGUCGACUACGGGGUUGAAUUAGCGCAGAUCGAGCGCUUGCGCGGCGACAUGCUCGAGUGGAUCCAGUCGCAGAAGCGCGACUUCCUGCCGGGCCUCGACGUGCAGAUCGUGACGCUGGCGGACCAGAGCAAGCUGCGCCUGCAGUUCGACAUCCGCUACAAGUCGAACUGGCAGACGCAGGCUGUCAAGAACCGCCGCCGCAACCGCUGGGUCCUGACGCUCAAGGAGCUGCUCCACAAGAACGCCAUCUUCGGCCCCGGCGGCGACCCCGGCGCCGUCAAGAUCUCGCGCUAUGCGCUCGUCGAUGCGCCGGCACCCGCCGCUGCCGAGCCGGCCUCGUCGCAUCGCCACGAGCCGCCGGCGGCAGAGCGCGAGCUCAUGGACGAGCCCGGCUUCCGCUCGUUCGACCACAACGUGUACGGCGAGACGGACAGCGGGCGCCAGACGCCCGCCGCGAUGCUCUCGCAGCCCGCGAGCCCCGCCGUGACGCUGUCGGCGCUGCCGGGCCGCGCGCAGCAGAGCGGCAUCGCGCUGGGCCAGCCGUCGCCGCUGCACCGCGGCCGCCCUGGCCUCGACGACGUCGAGAUGGGCCCGCGCCGCUAGUUCUCCGUCGCGCGACCCGCGUACCCUGCCUCCUAUCUGGAUUUCUGUCUCCCACCUGGACUCCCGGAUUAGAAUUCGAUUCCGUUCAGAAGCGCGGAUAGCGCCGCUCGAUCUCCGUAUGUGCCCAUGCCCGCUUCUCCGGCCCAAAGGCACCGGCCGUCUGCGGCCCCGGUCCCUCGGCCCGCGCGAUGUACUUGUAGAUGACGAGGCCCUCGAGGCCGACGGGGCCACGCGCG